AUGAUGAAUGCACAUGGGAACCUUUGCCAAGAACAGGCCCUCGAUGCACGUGGAGAAGCAAUCAUGGUUGGUCUAGAAUAUAUGAGAUCCUUUCCUAUGAACUCGAUCAACCUCUCCUUACCCCCUGAGAGUCAUGUGACUUGUUUCAGUAUUGAUCAAGUGAGUAGUGGACAUUUCAAGUUUAAUCCUCAUGAAGAAGACAAAGUCAUUCAGGUUUCCCAAGCAAGAGGUGCUUACUUUCAAGCUCACUGUUUGAAGAAAGUAAACAACUCGUUAGAUGGGGACAAAGAGGUUUUACCCAGAGAUGAAUUUUAUCAGGCUAUGCACAAGAUGCUUCGUGAACAAAUUGCAUGGGAGAGAAAUUUUAGGUUUCAUGGUCGAGCUACCUUCCAACCAUUCGUAAUGGAAUGGACAGAAACUAUCUUGCACAAUUUUGGAGAUAUUUUGCACCAAGCUGGUAUUUUUGGUGCAGUGGUCGUUUCUCGUUACUCUUAUGAUUGUUGCUCUAAUGUAUGGAGAGUAUUUUGCAAGUUAUGGGGGCCUCUAUCCAACACUUUGCAUCACAGAAAUGGUGAAAUGAGCAUUUCUUCAUACGACUUGAAAGUUAUUGGCGGGUUACCGAUUUUGGGUCUCCCGUAUGACAAGUUCAUCCCUUUAAACGAAGAAUUGUACUAUGAAGAUUUGUAUCCUUCGAGUGUUGGUGAACUUCUGAGAAUCCAUGCAUAA